UUUCUUCUCUGUUUUUCUUUCUUUCUUUCUUUCUACACUUACCGUAAUCCGUAUUUGCUACCAUUAAUUUUUGUUGUUUGUGUUGUGUUCUCCCGAAGCAGAUCUCUCUUAAUUGCCUCCUUCUUCUGUGAUUCCUUUCUCUGCACUUCACUCAAAGCUCUGCUUUCUUCUUCUUCUUUUUUCUCGGUCGCUUUCUAGCAACAUUGCUUACAGUUUCACUCUGUUUUCGCCUUCCAGAAAGCAUGGAACUUUAUGUUUCAACCCUUCUCUUCUUCACAGCGUUGUCAAUGGAUUGGAGUCUUGUGUAGCGGAUAUUGAAUUGCAAACGAGGAGAUGAGAGGGGAGUCAUCUGGAUUGAUAAUUGGGAUUUCCAUAGGUGUCGUGAUCGGUGUGCUUUUGGCUAUUUUGGCGUUCUUAUGUGUUAGGUACCAUAGGAAGCGGUCGCAGAUAGGGAAUAGCAGUUCUAGGAGGGCAGCUACAAUUCCUAUCAGAGAAAAUGGUGCUGAUUCAUGUAGUAUACUGUCAGACUCAACUAUUGGUCCCGAAUCACCAAUGAAAUCUGGACGCAAUGGCAUGCCGUUCUGGCUUGAAGGAUUCAAGAAAAGUAAUGGGGUCUCCAUGUCUGGGAUUCCAGUGUAUCCAUACAAGGAUCUGCAAAAGGCGACCUACAAUUUUACAACCUUAAUAGGACAAGGAGCAUUUGGUCCAGUUUACAAAGCUCAGAUGCCAACUGGUGAGACUGUAGCUGUUAAAGUGCUUGCAGCAGAUUCUAGGCAAGGGGAGAAAGAGUUUCAGACAGAGGUUAUGCUGUUGGGAAGGUUGCAUCAUAGAAACCUUGUGAAUUUGGUUGGAUAUUGUGCAGAAAAGAGUCAACAUAUACUUAUAUAUGUCUACAUGAGUAAAGGCAGCUUGUCUUCUCAUUUGUACAAUGAAAGUUAUGAACCCGUAAACUGGGAUGUGAGGGUCCAUAUUGCUUUAGAUGUUGCGAGGGGCCUGGAGUAUCUCCACAAUGGGGCAGUUCCUCCUGUAAUUCACAGGGACAUAAAAUCUUCCAAUAUCCUUUUGGAUCAUUGUAUGAGAGCCAGGGUAUCCGACUUUGGACUUUCAAGAGAAGAGAUGGUAGACAAGCAUGCUGCUAUACGAGGAACAUUCGGAUAUCUUGAUCCUGAAUAUGUAUCUACGAGAACCUUCACCAAGAAAAGUGAUGUUUACAGUUUUGGCGUUUUGCUUUUUGAACUUUUAGCUGGCAGAAAUCCUCAGCAAGGUCUCAUGGAGUAUGUUGAGCUUGCAGCGAUGAAUACCGAGGGGAAAGUGGGCUGGGAAGAACUCGUGGAUGCUCGUCUUGAUGGAAAUUUCGGCGUGCAAGAGCUCAAUGAAGUCGCUGCCCUUGCAUACAAAUGCAUCAACCGUGCCCCAAGAAAACGACCAUCCAUGAGGGACAUCGUGCAAGUGCUAUCGCGGGUUGUUAAAUCAAGGCACAACAGAAAGGCUCAUCACAAGAAGUCCAUAUCUGCUGCAACAGAUGAAGUUUCCAUUGAUAUGGACCAACCAGAGAAUAGGACUCCGGUCUCUGAACAUCGAAGAGAGGAGUCUAUGGACAGUACUGAUACAUAUGAAGUCUAGAUGAUGAAGUUUUUCAUCAACUCAUUUGUCACAUAACUUGAUUUUGGUUCAAAAGAAUAUCUAGUUUGCUAGCAGACUUAGCUCUCUGUAAUAUAUUGUGUAACAUAGUUAGGUGAACAGGUUCCUUUCUUUUCAA